CUCCAGGCUCGCGUCUACGCCAGACAACUGUCGCGACUCAGCAACAGACGUGCACUCGCACCCACCGCGCCCUCUACCACCUCUUUUCCACCUCCAUUGCUCAUGGUCGCGUCGUAGCAUGCUCCUGUACUUGCGCAAACUUCGCGACCAUGCAUCUCAUCAAGCCGCAGUGGUUGACACACCCGGGUGAUCUUAAGGACUUUGAAGUAUACAGCUGCCACGUUUCGCCAGAUGGAAAGCGUCUGGUAACCGCCGCGGGAGAUGGCUAUGUGCGAAUAUGGUCGACCGAAGCCAUUCUCCGCUCGAACGAUCCCAACUGCGCAGAACCCAAACAAUUGGCGGCCGUCAGCCACCACUCCGGAACGAUUCAUGCGGUCCGUUUCUCGUCCAACGGCAAAUAUCUCGCCUCGGGCGCGGAUGAUAAAAUAGUUUGUGUAUAUGGGCUGGAUCCAAAUGCGCCUGCACAUGUCACAUUCGGAUCAAACGAAACGCCAAAUGUUGAGAACUGGAGAGUCCUUCGCCGUCUCAUAGGGCACGAUAACGAUGUGCAGGACCUCGGAUGGUCAUUCGAUUCCUCGAUUCUGGUAUCUGUGGGUUUGGACUCGAAGGUCGUUGUAUGGUCGGGACACACAUUCGAGAAGCUCAAGACGCUGUCGCAUCACCAGAGCCAUGUAAAAGGCAUUACUUUCGAUCCGGCGAACAAAUACUUUGCGACCGCUAGCGACGACCGAACUAUUAAGGUGUUUCGGUUCACCUCUCCACCGCCGAAUGCUACCGCUCAAGACCAGGUCAACAACUUCAUGCUGGAGAGUACUAUCACAGCGCCGUUCACCGCUUCGCCACUCACCACGUAUUUCCGCCGUUGCUCUUGGUCACCAGAUGGCGCACACAUAGCCGCCGCGAACGCUACGAACGGCCCCGUGAGCUCAGUUGCAAUUCUAGCACGAGGAAGCUGGGAUGGAGACAUCAGCCUGGUCGGCCAUGAAGGGCCUGUGGAGGUCUGCGCGUUUUCGCCUAGAAUGUUUCAUCGAGAACCUCCCAGGCUGGAGACUGAUCCGAACAGCUACCAGCACAGUGUGACGGUAGUUGCGUGUGCCGGUCAGGACAAGUGCCUAAGCAUCUGGAACACAAGUUUUGCCCGUCCGUUCAUGAUUACACAGGAGCUGGCCAUGAAAUCAAUAUCGGAUCUCGCUUGGGCGCCGAACGGAGAGACGCUGUUCGUGACAAGUCUGGACGGCGGCAUCCUAACGUUGGUGUUCGAGCCUGGAGAACUGGGCUAUCCUGCAUCGUUGCUAGAAAACGAGAAAUCACUCUCUAAAUAUGGCGCAAGUAGAAGGGCGGGCAUCAUUGAAGGCACAGAUGCCUUGCUUCUUGAAGAGAGCAGUAAGAGCGGAGAGUUAAAGGGCGUUCAGGGAAGAAUGGGCGCCCUGAUGGGAGACGGCGGCGCUGUCCAACCUGCUUCCCUCACAAAUGGCACCAACGGUACCAUAGCGAGCAACGCGCUCACAAACGGCUCAUCCUCUACACAACCAAUAGCGCCGCCCGAGCCUCCAUCGGACCAGAGAGUCGAGAAGCUUAAGCAACGUGUCACCGUCACCAAAGAGGGCAAGAAGCGCAUAGCACCGAUGCUCGUGUCAUCAUCGUCUGGAGUUGGCCAGUCGUCGUUACCCCAGACCCAACUCAUUUCUGCGACCACGACGGCCGGAGGCAGGAGUGACAAUCCCCACAACGUCCUUGAUCUAUCGAAACCAUAUGACGGCUAUCCGAAAGGCGGUCUAGCUUCCAUGCUCAUCGGGAACAAGAGGAAGUUUGCCGAGAUCGAGGGUGAUGAGGACCGUCAGGUCGAGAAACGGCUGGCAGCUUCUGUCCGACCCGGAGGCGCUGCUAUCGUCAUCAACAGUGAGAAUGGUGUCAUGCCACCUGCUGCGGCUGGUUCAAAGACAAAUGAGCUCGAGGUUCCGAAGGUUCUACGACCCGCCAUCGUCAGUCCUGCUCUGAGUGUCAGCCAAGUCCGAUUGGCCGUUCCCAAGGUUAGAAGCAUCAUUGUGCGGACCAUGGAUGGCAGCGAGCCACCGCAGGCGAACGGUGCCAUCGGUGCAAAAGAAACCGAUACUGUCAUUCUAGAAGCUCGCAAUGCCACCGGACCUUCGCGGACCGGACGGGCACAGGAUCAUGACCCCGCGAGGAUAACUUGCACCAGAAGAGGGCAAUCUCUUUGGCAAGACUUUCUUCCCAAAGCUGUACUGCUCGUGACCGGAAACGAAAAUUUCUUUGCAGCUGGAUGCGAAGACGGAUCGGUAUACGCUUGGACGCCUGCGGGACGGCGCACGCUAAACGCUAUGAUUCUGGAAGCUCAACCCGUGAUCAUGGACUGCCGCGGGUGGUGGCUUCUCUGCAUAACAGCAGUCGGGAUGUGUUACGUUUGGAAUCUAAAGACGAUGUCCUCCCCUCACCCACCGAUAUCUCUAGCUCCGGUUCUCGACAUUGCAGCGCACGCUCAGGGACCGCAUCUUACACGGUCUCCAGGUAUCGUUUUCGCCCGCUUAAACUCCGAGGGCCGGGUCAUUGUCGCUAUGUCGAACGGUGACGGUUACGCCUACUCGCCGAGCAUGUAUGUCUGGCAGCGGAUAUCGGAGCCCUGGUGGGCUGUGGGAAGCCAGUACUGGAACACUGCCGACUCCUCCGUUGGCAACGUCGCGUCUUCGAGCAACAAUGGAACCAGUAAAGAGAAGAACGACCAUGUCUCCAUUGAGAAUAUCUCUGCCGGCAUCAUCCCCACUCUGGAGCGCAACACGACGAAUCAGUUCCUCCUCCAAGGUCGCGCGUUCUAUCUGCAACGUUUGAUCAAGGCGCUCAUAUCUGCGGAAGGUUACGAAAGCUUCGAGUCCUGUGUAUCCGUUGCACAUCUCGAGAACAGGGUAGCAGCUGCGCGGGCGCUCGGCGCAAGGGAGGAAUUCAAGAUUUAUCUCUCCAUGUACGUCAAGCGGAUAGGCGCAGAGGGCCUCAAAGGCAAGAUUGAAGAGCUCUUGCGUAGUCUUACGGGCGACCUCCUGCCCGACGAGGAGGGCGACGAGGCACCUAAGGAGGAAGUCAUCUGCGGGUGGAAGACGGAGGAUCUAUUGAAGGAAGCGGUGGUUAUACUGGGCAAAUUCCGCGAUCUUCAGCGCAUAACGGUGCCCUAUGCACGCCUCCUUGGCAUCGUCAACGAGCAUCAAAGUGAUCAGGCCAUGAUCACCGAUAUGUAGUAUACCCCUGGUUAAGUGGAAUGGCGUCUUUCUGCUUUUUCUUCAAAAGCAUGAGGUUAUUAUUGUAUUCUAAAGGCCUAUAUUUCUGAGCGUGCAUGUCUUCGCACAGUACCUGGCUUCUAGCGGGUCCGUGGAUAUGGACUGUAAUUGUACGCUGGCUUAGUUAGGAAAUGUCCUGAAGUCGUGCGGGAGGCAUGAUACCUUACUCAAUGGAGCGAUAUGCAAUGG